CGGUUCGAUCCAAAGCUUUUGCGACCCUUGGGAGAAAAUAGAGAUGUAUCAAGCGUGUUCAAGCAAAACUCUGAAGGAACAGACAACCCUUUUGGCCCUUAAACUUCAGCCUCUUGGCUUGAUGUACUUUUAGAGAUUUUCUUUUGCUUGACGUCUGUACCAUUUUAUCAAACUUAUUUCAACAAAAUUGGUCAAACGAUAAAUGAGGAUUUAGAUCGUGAAGAAAUUCUCCUUAGUGCUUUACGAGAACGGCAGGGAAAAAAUACAUGUGAGUUGAGCGGACUGCUUGAAGGACGGCAAGGGCAGGAAGGCUAUGGACGGCGGCCUUGUGGAGAAGAAGAAGGCUUGGUAAGAAGUUUAGCUAACAAAUUAAGUUUUUGUCGUUGGUUUGUUCAUUCCCUGGGUCGUAAACCGUCGGGCUAUUUGAACUUUGAACAACAAUCGUAAGGGCUUCUAUAACUUACAAUGUCCAGAGUUACUGUGAUAUAGUAAGAGCUUACGUUGGAUUUUUACAAAGUUAUAAUCAUCAGAACCGCAUUCUUGUUACUUUUUCUUUGCCUUUUGAAGGCAUUUUUUUAUUUUCAGUGAUUCUCUUAAGUUAGAAAUGUUUGAGUUCGAUUGAUAAUUACAAUUUCUUUUUUUCAUUUAAGCUUAUGGCACCGAUAGACAUUCACGUUCCUUCGAGAUUUUGAAACCUUCUCUUGAAAUCGUGGUUUUGUAUGGUGCCUCCGUUUAUGCUAUUUAACAGACAGAUUUUGACUCACCUUUUUUGUGAUUACUAUAUCCAUUGCUGUAAAACAUUUUUGAAGUUUCGUAAUUUUGUUCGAAUGCGAAUGGACACAUCAAUGUAAACAGGCACAUAAAAAUAUCUCUGUGUCAGAUAAAAGGUUGAAAAUUAUUUAAAAUGUAGAAAAAAAUUCAGACUAAAAUAUUUAGAAACUUAGAACUCCGACGAGAAAUUGGGGGAACAAAAGAUACCAUAUCUUUUUAAGCUUAAGUUGAUUUUAGUGUUGUAAAAUUUUUUUCUUCAUUCAAACGCGCUUGUACAUUUGCAUAUGCAGUGUCCAUGGAGAAAAUGUCGUUCUCUGUGCGUUUUAUGUUUGGUAAAAUUACUAAAAAUCGUGAGAUGUCUAUGACAUUUAUAUUACUUAUCAGAAGAGAUGUUUCUUUACUGAUCGCGCCACGCGCCCGAAUUAAUCUCCGAUGAAGUUGUUGAGUACCAAAUGCUCUAAAGGUCGCUUUCCCACGCUCGCCUGUAACCCGUAUCUAAUUUCUACUCGAUCUCUUGUUUUUCUUCCUUCUCGCUUACAUUAGAUCACAAUGCACUUUGUUUAGGGAUUAUGGAGUUGAAUGUCUAUAGCUGCCUGGUCUAGAUUUCAACAGGCCACUUCGUUGUAAACUUGCGAUCUCUUCUAUCUAUGGUUUCGAGUUCUGAAACUUUUGCGAUACUAUCGUGGAAUUGUUCUGUUGCUAGAUUUUGUGCUUGUCGAUCUUGGAAUUCUUGUUCACGAUAAAAGACAGAAACAUUCGGCACUUAUUGGCUUGCGAGAUAAUACUUUAGUUGUGACAUUCUCUUCAAGACUGAAAAAUACACGCAUCGUGAUUACAGAACCUCGUGUUAUUUGCAUUUUGCAAGGCUAUACACAAAAAUUGAAGACCAAGGACAGAAACUGCUUCAAGAUAAAGGAUCGCGAGGAAAAUCGACUGGAUAUCGUAUUUUUCUAGAAGAUUGCUAACUUGCGGUAUUGGUAUAUUUUGCAGGCCAAGGCUUGUCUUUCGAACGUGUCCAAACAGAGUUCAUUUGCCCAAUAAAAUAUAAGCUUAUCAGGGCCUGGGAGAUAACAAUGUUGAGCACCUUUUAAAAAAGAGGUUCGCCUCCGAUUUCAAUAUCUGGAAAAUAAACUUAGCAUUAAAAAGUAGUUCCUCAAGAAUGUCAAUCUAAUCUCGCUUGUACAUGGUCAAUGCAUCCUUUACAACAUACAGUAAUUCUUAAACUUAAAUUGCAGAAAACGUUUUACCCAUUCAUUUGCAUAAGUCAUUGGAUAAUUACCAAUAAUGUGUCCAAGGUCUUUUGCAUAGCUUAAUGUUGAAUGUACAGUAUUAAACAAUUUUUACAUAUUUGUCAUGUUCAGAAGAUUAUCCUGUAUGUUAUUUACAGAGUUUUCUGUAGUAGGAGGACCCUAUCUCUGAAGUUAUUAUGCAUUUUUGGGGUUCCUUAAGCAGGAUGUUUUGAGAACUUGAACAGGCUUGCUUCUCCUGUGGUGUGCACUGAGGGUGGAGCAAAUAGACAGGGGUUCAUUUCUUGUCCUUUUGUAGACAAUAAUAGAUUAACUGUUAAGACUCUGCAUGAAGCUGCAUAAGCAGGAUUCUAGCUGCAUUAGGUUGAAAUGCAAUCAUUUGGAUUUCAUAGUUUAAAGCUGAUCCAUUGUAAUCUCCAUUGGACUUUCUAAUAUGUUCAGUUUUGGUGCCUAUUUCACAUAGCUUUAAUUUAUCUGCUUUUCUUACGUUUAGUACAAUUAAAAUGGUUUACUUCUUACCAAGAAGUUUUUUUCAACUACUUGUCUUAAAGCUAAUGCAGUCUCCUUCUUUUAAGCUAUGCAGGGCCAAGAGCCAGCAUACUUAAUUGUGGUUGACAUAGUUUUCUUGAGGAUCUACUUGUUGAAACUAAAUCAUCAAUUAAUGUAGUUCUCCUCUUUCCUGUUGUUGGGUCUCAUUUCUGGUUACACAGAUAGGGAACUGUUUAUAGUUCACAUACACACAAGGAAGAUGAAACAAAAUGAUUAAAAAUGAUGAAACAAAAUGAAUAAAACAAAAUGAUUUUAUAUUUUCAAGUAUGAAUCAUGAUACAUUGAUUCAUUGUCACUAGGGGAAUGUUUACAGCAGAGGCACUUAAAAGAAAACUGCUCUUCAAAUGUCUUGUAUAUAAUAGGGAAGUUCAGUGUAGUUAUCCUUCAAAAAUCAAUUAUCAAUUGUAUGAACAGAUCUUUUAAGUAAAAACCACCUUGUACAGAAUAAAGACACAUGAAAAUUGUACAGCUCAAUACCUUUUAUUUCUCUUAACAUCGUUCUCUUCUUUUGCACUAAUAAAAACUAAUUAGGUCUUCAUGCUUACAAAAGAGAUAUGUGAGGUCAUAGAUUUCCUGUUUAUUCAGUUAGUUUGUUGUUGUGGGUUGCCUUCUUUGAAUUAAUUUGUUUCUCAGUUACUUACUUAUUUAGGCAUGUGAUUCCGGCUGAUGCUUUGUAUGUAUUUCUUUGUAUCAAGCCAGUGCUAUCCAACUCUAGCUUUCAGGUUUGCAAAUCUUCAGACUUGACCAUUCAAGUGAAAAGUAUUUAGCAGUUGUUCCCUUUGAUACUAUAAUAUGCACUGCAGUUUUGAUACGACUAAAAGGACUCCGCUAAGAGAGAAAACUAAUGAUAAACUGUCAUGUUAACAUUAUCUUUGUCUUUCAGUGAGAUAUUGAUAGCUCCACAGUGUGACAGUUCAGACAAUGAGCAAGGUAAUGUAUCUGUACAUGUUGUUUACAUCCUUGGAGACCCAGAGGUGGUCAGGAGAAAAGGUGCAACAAAAGUUUUCAAACACGAGUGGUCACGGCCUCUUCUCCCAACCCAACCGACUGCACCUGUGUCUUCAAAAUAGUUGAUAUAAAACUGCUCUGCCAAAACACUUAGCUAGGAACCUUUCACUUCUCUAAGCUACACCCUACACACUUGUUGUACAAAGUGACAGCUUUUGAAACACUGACAACAGAAUGAAUGAACUGUGAUACUUUCUUGCUCCAGUCAUAAUUUAAAAAACGUUCUCAUUGUACUGUAUUAUAUGAUCCUUUUCUGUAAUGAAAUGUAACUAAGUACAAAUGUAUGUUAAAUCCAUUUUCAAGUUAAAUUAGCUUUGAGGCUAGGCUACUAACCCAGGUUAGCAAAUAAAAAUCUAGCAAAGUGCUAUUCCUUGUUGGUUGGAUACUUAGGAUGUCCAACUUAGAAGAGAGUGGAAGAAAAUUACUGAAGAACCGAAUGGGCCAACAGUAGAACAUUUUAUAUAAGUUGCCACAUUUGUUGAUUCACUUGUUACAGUACAACCUCUACAGUGUUGAAUCACAUGAUACCCAUUGGCAAAAAUGCAAGACUCACAGUGCAGAAGUUCUCCCAGAUUGCAUUUUGCAAAUAAUUUCCUGAUUAACUUUCACAAGUUUUUGUAGAUUUUUUCAAAGUGUUUUAUUCAUUGUAUUUAAAUACAUUUGUUGCUAUAAUGGAUUAAAGUCAAUCAGAAAGCAGUGCAGGGACAAACAAAGUAAAUUUUUCAGCUUGACCCUCAGGGAUCAAGUUGUGAUGAGGCUGUACUGGCUAAAACAUGUUUAUUAACAUGAUUUAUAUUUAUUGUCAAUAAAUGCCUAAACUAAAGAGUAAUUUAUGAAACAGCCUGACCAUAAAAAUUAGCAGCCCCAGCUGGUUACUGGACACAACUCUCUUCGCCAGCACGGGUCAGCACUACUUCUGUGAAAGGCAUGCUUCACGUGCCCGUUGGGCUUUUCUCAGUUGUUCCCCUUUUUUUGUCCCUGUUAGGAAUUGUGAGUUAACUUGUUAUUAAAGGUUUGGUUGUGUUAUGUAUCAUGUCAUCGAUCGAUCGAUUCUUUUCCCUUUGGCACUUUGUACUCUGUUAAUCAUUACUUCUUCCACUCUUUUAGGUAGCUUUUGUAACACGCCUAAAAAGCCAUGCAGGAAACGGAAAAGGGAAUCUCUAUCAGGUAUGGACUACAAAACAACAUUUACGAAAGGUGAAAAGUUCAUCUAUAUUUUUAACUUUACUUAAACCAAACACCUCCAGCAAUGAACCUGUGAUUAUAAAAGUGGCACUGAAACCUUUCAAUAUUUGUGCUCUUUCCCUUCAAAAGAAACUCUUUAGGCUAAAUUGUAAUUGAAGGAUGUUAAUUAAUGUGUUAUUCCUUUAGAUGUUUGGGGUAUGAAAAGCAGCAGCUACAGUCCUCCUCAUCAUAUUCCGUGGUGCAUAGGAAAAGUGAUGCUAUCAGAAAGUGAGAGUGAUCUGUCUGAACCAUCCAGUGCACUUUACUUUGUCAAAGGAUAUGACUCAGCUGUAACAGCAGUCAUAACAGACUCAGAAGAUGACCUCUUUUUUCUAAAUGGUUAGUGUUUAUUUUAAUGUCUUAAAAAUCAUCCACAGGGAAGGAAAUUUAUUUCUGAGAUCCCUGACCAUUCUGGUAACUUUCAGAAUGCUAUCACUGAGUUGAAUUCCCAUUCAUCCAGAGGCAAAUUCCUUGUAGGUAACUGGGCUCUCUGUCUUAAUGGCACCUUUAUAAGAAGGAUGCCUCCCUAAAAUGUUCUUUCCUUCAAGUUCAAUAAUUUAUCAUUCAAUAACAACUCUACCUCACACACAUACACUGACACAUCUCUUGAACACCUCAGUAAAACAGGUGCUCAGUACUGGUUUUGAAGGAGAUGACUGUAUUGUCCAAGAAAAUAAGAUCAAAUUACUUUCCUUCAAGUCAAAGAGGAGCCAGCCAUUGUUUGGAAAGAGUAGCAUGUUGAUCUUUCCAUCUAAAUGCCCUGCUUCACACAUUAGCCAUACCAGUAUAUUUCUUAGACCAAAAACUUAUCUCCGCUGCCUACCUUCAUGCUGCUCAAAGUGGAGUAAAUCCCAGCCAUGAAGAUCUCCUUGGCUUAAAGUAUCCUUUUACUUUAUUGUGAGCCAAAACUGAAAACAGUAUUUACUUGUCUGGUCAAAUAAUCUCCAUUUUUGUAACCACAGAAUAGGAUUUAUACUUAUUUUGACAAGCCGGAAAAUGCUUAUUUCUAAUCCUGCAUAUCCUGCAUAUUCCAUAAAUAUUAGGUUAUAACUCUUCAAUCGAUCAUUGGCUUAUUGACGGAUAAGAUUAAGGUAACUUUAACUUUGUUGAUAGAAACUGUGGAAUUUGAGCCCCCUGAUUUUGAUAGCGAAGAAGAGCAGGAGGAAGACGAAGAAUCUGAAGAUGAAGGUAACAAGCUAGAAAAAAAAUGUUUCCUUAACCCUUCAGAGAACCAAUAUCACUAAAGUGUCUUCUUUAUCGUAGCAGUUGGUUUCUUGCAAACAUUCUGGUGGGGUUUCUUACAUGCAAUGAUCAUUUCCUCAAUUGCCAUGAUGUAUCUGAUAAACUGAAUAUUGAUUAUCCCCAGAGGGAAAAAAAUUGGAGUGUGAAUGUUUAUUUAGGAGCUAACCUUUUGACUUUUGAGAGGGAAGGGGUGAUUUGGUUAGGGUAAGAAUUAUUUUCCAAAAGCUCUGGAGAUGAAAUGUUUCCCCCAACAUACAACUGCGUAGGAUUUUUUUUUUCCCACAUUAUAUGCCGUGAGAGAUAUUUUUUCCCUGGGUAUUUCAUUGCAAGAUUAUUUUUUUCCUGAAAUCACCCAUAGCCCCCCUGCCAAAAGUAAAAUGGUUGGCCCCUUAUAUUGUUUGUUAUUUCCAUUGUAGUGAUAGUAAUCAGCUCAGAAGAUGAGGAUCCCGGAGCUGAAGGUGGGGACGAGUAUGAAGAGGGCCAGGAGUCUGAUUCAGACAUUGAUGAAGAUGAUUUGUGGUCUUGCCCACAUUGUAACCUCAAAAACCAUCCAUUAUCUCGUCAGUGUGCACGCUGCUGGGUGGAAAGACAUGAGUGGCUUCCUCAUUUGAAAAGGUGUGUUUGAUUAAUACACCAUUAAACUGCUUAACCAUGUUGCACUUGAAAUGACCAAGCAUACACCUCCCACAUGGUGAUGUCACCAGCCCUCACUUCAAAGAUGAAAUGUGGGCAGUUUCAUAAAAUGGACCACACCACACACACCCACACAUCUGCCUUAGAGUUGCAAAUUUUUGUGUCAGAACUGAGCUUUGAUGAAAACAAAGUAUAAUUUGGCCAUCUUGCUGUAACCUAGGAACCUUAACCCAUUUGCCCCUGAACCACAUGCAAAAGCUUGUGAUGCCAGAUCCACUUCCCUUGAUCUGCUUGUGAUGUCAUCAGUUUAAACAGUCUUGAAAGGAUAACUCGUUAUUAAUUUUUGUCUACAAUGCCUUUCUUUCUUGUUAGAUUGUCCUCAGAACCACCCAUGGAAUCAUCAAAAACAUUAGAAGAAUCUGCUUCAUACCCAACACUGCAAAAAAGUCAUUCACUUUCUGUAACACCAACUAUAGAAAAUCCUUCAUCAUCAUCAUCAUCACCGCAAUUAAUAACUUUUACUCAGCUACUUGGAUCAUCAUCAUUUGCUGCAAGCUCUUCUACGUCAGCAGAAAUAAAUAACCAAGGACAAUCAAGCUCACAUCACACACAUCAGACAGAUAAUAAAAGUUCCAAAACUAAAGACUCUGCUUUUUCUCCCGACUUGUGCGUCAUCUGCUUGGUGCAACCUCGAAAUGCAAGUUUAGUACAUGGAAGAACAGGACAUCAAGUUUGCUGCAUUGGCUGUGCAGAAAAGUUGAAGGAAAAUAAAAAGAAAUGUCCAGUUUGUCGGAGGAAAAUUAAAUUGGUGGUGAAAAACUUCUUCUAGGUUAUGUUCUGGUCUUUUGGAUACAAAAUUAUUUGACUUCUUCAUGAGCUGCAAAAGAAAGUCGCUAUCUUAUGGUGCUGCAUUCAACUAUUCAAGAAUCUGUGGUAGCUUUCUUUGAGUCCUUAUAAUUAUGCUGUCUUUUACUCUAGAUGCUAACCUUGUCAAACUCUUUCACUGUCUUCUUCCGAUCCUAAAAACAGUAUUAGCAGUUUCUGUUUUGUUUUAAACCUGUAUUUGAAAAGAGGCUUAGCUUGUCAUCAUCAUCAUUCAUAUGUCAGGAUUGAAGUCAACAUGCAGGAGUUGAAGUAUACUGUACUACUCUUAUUUUCAGGUAAAAUAUUUCUAAUCCUUAAUGAUUUAUUAGUUUCAAAACUGGUUAAUGUCAACUGAAUCAGCAAGGCAGGACACCAUUUUAACAUAGUGGGAUUACCUUCUAGAAACAAAAAACAGCUUAGUCACUUAAUACAGUCAUCUCUCUAAUGACCACUUCAAUCCAAAAGAUACCUAGAGAUUGUCUGUGCCAUUCUUCAGUUGCUUUCUUUGACACUCUUUAUGGCGUACCUCUGUGAGUCACUUUAUUGCAUUGCUGACAGCGUUUGGGUUCAAGAGAGUUAACUAUACCCCCACACAGGAAUAUAUAAGUGGUGAUUUGGUAAAGACAGUAAUUCCAACAAGAGGUUCAUGCGUUUAUGCAAUGCCCGUUAUAAUAUAUCAUAUGACAUUUUGUAUAAAAUUUAAAAUAUUUUAUUCGUUUAUACGUUUCCAGUGGGAACAAAAUAAUUACACAUGGUUUAUACUGUUUUAUUUGUUUCCAGUUUAAGUUUAAAAUGAAUACCUGGCUUAAAUUAAGCAAUAAUUCGUGAACCAAAAGUACAUUCAAGGGAUAGAUCAAAAUCAAAAGUAUAUUAUGUAGAAUCUAUUUUCAAAAUUUGUAAUUUAAAAUUCAGUAUAGUUGUUUACACAAGGUCAUCAUCAUCUAGUGUUAUAUUUAGUUAUGAAAAAUCGUUAGCUUUUAUAGCUUUUGCUUGCGUAUGCAGUUUUUAACUCAAAGAAAUGUAUUUUAGUAUUUACAUCAAUAGGACAAAAUGAUAAAGUAAUUAUUUAAGACAAGUUUUAAAAUUCACUCAACUGCACCGAAAACCCCUGUAAUGGUUAUUUGUGAUUUGAGGGUUAACUUGACAUUUCUAGUGUAGAUCAUCUAGUUCAAAAGGGCAGUGUCAUGAAGAAUAAUCCCACAAUUUCGGUCCCCAGCUGUGUUGAAACAGUUUUAUUGCAUAGGUCUAAGCCGGUUUUUACGGGACUGCGUCAAAUUCUAAGGUUGUGUUCACACCAUGCUAUAUUAGAUAGCUUUUGCGCCGACACAAAAACCAUACGAACGGUGAUUUUGGCGCGAUUUCUGUACGUAACGGAGCGAACCCGCGCCGCUCCCAUCUCUAAAGUGGAGCGUCACAUAUAUCAGAUAAGUGUUCAUACUAUACAGGCCAGCACAAAAACUAAUUGGUAUAAUAUGAACAUAGCCUUAAAAAUUAACCGUUUUCAAGGCAAUACAUACAGGUAGUUGCUCGAUUUCUUGUCAUGAGACUUGAAAUUGGUGCCAAGAGUCGCUACUAAUGUAAAAAAAAUGGAGGGUCACGCUUUCCCUCUGAACACUCCAAUUGUUAAAAAAUAUUAAGGUAAAAAUUGCUUGUUCCCAUUGGAUGACUGAUCGCUUUAUUGCGGCCGCCAAAGACCGUACGGAUAGGAAUUAACGGGCGUAGCCGGGCUACAGCCGACUAUACUUGCGGCCAAUCUUGCGGCCGCCAUUUUUCCCUUCGAAGAACACAAAUACAGUGACGCCAUACUGAUCCCUAAAAAUGUCUAAAGUCAUUUGACAAAUAAUUCAACAACGGGAAACCCCCUAGACCUGCGGAGACUGUUAAUUUUGCUGAUAGUGUUGUACGUCUCGAAUUCUUGGCUAGAGAAAUUCAUGGUUUCGAUUUAAGUUUGUGAUUUUAUGAUGGUAAAGACCAAAGCAACUUUCUCAUACGUUUAUUGAUUUUUAUCACCAUUGAGAAGAAAGUCCAGGAAACUUGCAAUGAAAGGAAUGAGGCAGAAUAAUUGCUUUAGUUUCAUGGAAGUGUUACGAGAAGAACUAGGAACAUAUAAUACGUUUAAGAUGUCAUUUCCAUUUUAAUUGUUCUUAUCCGGCUAUGACAUUUGGAAAGAAUUUCUUUUCUUUUGUUCGCCAAUAUAGCCGAUUCAAAAUGAAAUGAGAUCAUUAUUUUUCUCUUGACAUUGUUGAA